AUGUCCGCUCUCCGUCUCGUCCAGUUCGAUAGCCCCGCAGAUUUCCUGGAGGCCAUGAAACAAUAUGAUGACAGUUCUCUCAAUUUCACACUCGGAUCGUUUCUUGAUAAUAUGGAUGAUAAUCUACAAUUCUCACAGGCGCACUGGGGUCCGAAGACAAGAAUCUUACUCAGUGUCUACCGAGGAGAUGAUUUAAUACUCACUCUCACUAAGAAUGCAAAAGACUUUUCGUGGAUGAUGGCAACACCGAGCAGCAUUGACCCUUCGCAAGAUGCCUUACAUAUAUCUGCCGCCGCGAAGCUUCUUGCAUCGUACCUUCCCACCAUCAUUGAUCCAACCCUUGUGGACAAAGUAAUUGGUCCCAAAGGCGCAGUCAACGCCUUCAUCGUGUCUUGGGUGACGCUAAUGGCUUCCAGAGGCGUCUAUCUGAAGGCUUUACCUCCAUACUUCAAUUCGCGUGGAUGCCAUGCGACUCGAUCUACCUUGCCACCACAUUGCUCGACCCUAGCCGAUUACCAUAUUUCGCUAGCAGGUCCUGAUGACGUUGAAGAUCUUAUUCCACUCAACAUGCAGUUCUCCUCUCAUGGUCCCCAUCGCGCCACCGCAGAGACGGCACGAGCGGCCAUGGGUGAGGCUGUUGAAGCCCAAAAGAUCUGGAUAUCACGCAUUGACGGAGGAAUUGCGGGAUAUGUAAUGGUGGGGCGGUCCACGCCUCAUACUAUUGCCAUCCGCUGCGUGUUCGUGCUACCACAAUGCCGCCGCAGAGGUAUUGCAGAAGCACUUGUCACUGUUGUUACGCGCUACUAUCUUGGCGUGCAGCCUCUGGGGUUCGCAGGUGCUCCGUCGGAAGGACCUCCUGAUGGACAUAAAGCAGAAGUCUGUCUAAAUGCUGCGGACCCUUCGGUUGAGGGAUUGUAUAGGCGGUGCGGUUUCAUGCUGGAUGACCAUGCACGGGAUCCUGCCACGGGCAAGAAGGGAUCCUUCCGUUGGACGUGGAGGGGAGUAGAGCCCUUAUAG